AUGACCGAGCAGCUGUUUAAAGAUAUCCUCACACAGGCCUUAACCGACCUUUACGGUAUCGUGGGAGGUGCUGUUCCUUUCACCCUGCUCCAGCUGGCAGGCUGCUCGGCUAUGGUGCGCGUCGACAAACGCUGGCAGAGAGGUCGUCGCACUGAGGUGGGGCCGAUGGCGGCUGUUAAAAGAAGCGAUUGGACAGACUCACAGACAGACUCUCAUAGCAGCAACGAACGACCUGUAAGGGGUUUCCUGAAGCACCACCAAACGCAGCAGGACAACAUUAUAGGACUUAUGCAAUGGGUGGAGUGGGGACUCCAUCCCGCACGCAUGCAAAUGGAUCCCGUUACAGGGGCAUGCCGUACAUACCGCCGUGCAAUCCCAACAGCAAAGUUUUUCUCGGGCCGUAAUAAGACCCCCUCUUGGCGUACUUUACGAUUAUCCUGGUAUCAUAUUGACGUCUGGAACGUUUACAGGAACCCAUUUUCCUGCCACAAAAGCGUUCAUCUGGGUCCAAUAACUAACGGAAUGAUCUUGCCACGUGUGCCCAAGGAUUCUCUGGGCCAAACCUCAGGCCAUGCUCUGCUUGUGAUUUCCGUCGGCUUUUAUAAUAGCUUAGUAUAG